UCAAAGCGGAUGACCCGAGUUACUGCACCAGUGGCAGCAACCGGCGGGAGCAAAGCUGCAACUUAAAUGCCACCGUGUUUGAAGAGACCCAUAAAGGGGAAAAUAUAUCCAUUGAGAAGAAGAACAAAGGAGAUCCACUCGAUCACAGCUUAAAUGCAAAUAUGAACCUCAGCACAGAUUCAGACCUGGGUCUCAACGCAUUAAAAAAUCCCAGCGUGUAUAACGGCACCAAGGUGUGUGAUGGUCCCGACAUGUGGAGCAGCUUCAACGGGGGCAAUACCAUCGGAGUGUGCAACUCCAUCGGCAGUGGAAAAACCGCUAGAAGGCUGAGCAUCGACGCGCAUAACAACAGGAGCUACCUCGACUCGAGGGAAAUCCUCUUACGUGACGACGCUGCUGAGGAGAAGAACGCGGAGAACGUGACAGUGGCGCCGACAGCGACAGACACAGCGACGGAGACAGCCAUGAGGGAACUCCGGAAGGAAAACUACAACGCAGAGGAAGACUGGGGCGAUAAAAGUGAAAGCAAAAUAUAUAAUCGUCGCAAACCAGAAAAAAUAAUGCGAAAGAGAGUAAAUGGACAUAGGGGCAUCCCUGACGCUGCAUUAACAGUCACUUCAGUUCAUGUCAAAAAGGUACUAAAGGAUUAUUACCGAAGAAAAGCUAACUCUAAUAAUUACGAAAAAAAGCUGUCCAAUUCAUGUCGAUUCUUCAUUUACACAUCCAAUCCGUACGACUCUGACCACAAGAUGAUUAAGGAGAAUUGCCUGACCAUAUAUGAGCUUCUAUAUGCAGAAAAGAAAAAGUGGUGUUCCAUCUACAUUUGCACAAAUGAUGGACCCAUGUCAAAUUUUAAUUACCAUUUAUAUAAAAUUCUGUGCGGGAAGGAAGACAUCUACAUGUACUUUUUUCUGCUGAAGAAGUUUAUAUUUUCUUGUUACAUAUAUUUCAAUUUAGUGAGUAUAAAGAUUUUUUCAACUUUUACCAACAGUGGGGAAAACAUUAUGCUUUACGACUUUACGCACAUAAUAAACCAGAAGAAGACCUUCUUAGGCGAGUCUUCCGGUGACCCUGGUACUCUUUACAGCUACGGGGGUUUCG